UAAGAAUCCUCGCUUUCCUCCGCAAACUGCAAAGCACAAACUCAGUUCUUUGUUCGUUAAGCAACUGGAAAAUCCAGAGUAGAGAGAGUAUCUCAGAAUAUUUUAGAGAGAGAAACCGCAACAUCGAUCAACUGAAGCUUAUUUAAGUAGCUGGCUUUCAGCUUCUUGUUGUAAUCUAUCGGAGGAAAUUGAUCCAUUGCUUCUUCCUUAUUUCUUCUAGAGUGAAUAUCCAUACAUGGGUUCGUUGGCAGAACCGACACCUGAGACAAGUGAUAGAAAGCCCCUUGGAAUUGGAUUGAUAGAACACAUUAAGGGAACAAAAAUUUCCUUCAAAACCCAUCAAGUCAUUGUUUUAAUUUUAACUUUUUUGGCAUAUGCUAGCUAUCAUGCCACUCGGAAAACCACUAGCAUUGUCAAGAGUACCCUUGAUCCUGAAGCUUCAGAUGUGAGCUUGAAAUUCAUCCCUUGGAGGAAAACUUACCUUCAUGAACCAGCUGAAAGUAGAAAGUUAUCAUGGAAGUUGGGAGAUGGAUGGGCUCCGUUUAAUGGGUCAGAUGGGACUUCCUUGCUCGGUGAGCUUGAUGUGGCUUUCCUCUCUGUAUAUGCUUUUGGAAUGUACUUUUCUGGUCAUUUGGGCGACAGACUGGAUCUGAGGAUAGUUUUAACGGUUGGAAUGAUUGGAACCGGUUUGUUUACUUCAUUAUUUGGGGUAGGAUAUUGGGGAAAUAUCCAUAGUUACUACUACUACUUGAUAGUACAAAUGCUGGCUGGUUUGUUUCAAUCAACUGGGUGGCCUUCAGUUGUUGCAGUGGUUGGCAAGUGGUUUGGGAAGAGUAAGAGAGGGCUAAUUAUGGGUAUUUGGAAUGCUCACACAUCUGUCGGGAAUAUCACUGGUUCUUUGGUUGCCUCUGCUUUAUUGAGUUACGGGUGGGGUUGGUCCUUUGUUGUGCCCGGUCUUAUGAUUGCUUUUCUUGGCUUGGUGGUUUUCUUCUUUCUGCCUGUUAGUCCUGAAUCUGUUGGAGCUGAUAGAGAAGAGGAAGAUGAAUUGCAUUCUCUAAAGAAAAUUGGGGAGGAAGUAACAGAGCCUUUGUUGAGACCAGAGACACCGGUUAAAGAGAAACCUGUGGGAUUCAUAGAAGCAUGGAAAAUUCCCGGCGUUGCUCCAUUUGCUCUUUGCCUCUUCUUCUCCAAAUUGGUUGCUUAUACAUUUCUCUAUUGGCUUCCCUUCUACAUUACCCAUACAGCCAUAGAUGGGAAGUAUCUAUCCAGUUCGGCAGCUGGAAACCUGUCAACAUUAUUCGACGUUGGGGGCGUAGUUGGGGGCAUCCUAGCUGGCCAUAUUUCGGAUCGCCUGGAUGCCAGAGCCAUAACAGCAGCAAGUUUCAUGUAUUGUGCAAUUCCUGCUUUGUUCUUCUAUAGGAGCUAUGGAAACAUUUCCUUGAUUUUAAACAUAGUUCUUAUGUUCAUCACCGGCAUGUUUGUAAAUGGCCCUUAUGCUCUUAUAACAACUGCUGUCUCAGCUGACUUAGGAACCCACAGUUCAUUGAAAGGGAACUCACGGGCAUUGGCAACUGUAACCGCAAUUAUUGAUGGAACUGGCUCAAUCGGGGCUGCUAUUGGACCAUUAAUCACCGGUUAUAUUUCUGCUACGAGCUGGAGUGCAGUUUUCACAAUGCUGAUGGCAGCAGCUUUGAUUGCAGGGCUACUUCUUACUAGGCUUGUUGUGGCUGAGGUUACUGCAAAGCUAGCCGAAUCAGGGUCACAAGGAAGGCAACAAUCAAGGUCUCCAUCAGUGACAAUUGAAGAAGUGUGAUAUGCUAAUAUCACUCAUAUUGUAUCUUGUGUAAUCUUCAUAGGUCAGGGUAUUUCUAGUUCUGAUUUAAAAAACAAAAAAUUGAAAGAGGGCAAAACCCUCAGAUUAUGUUCAAAGAUAGGAGAGAAUGGUUUUUAAUUCUCUCCGAUUAAGGUUAGGAAAGAUCAGAGGAAUCAGAUAAAAGAUUCUUCCAUGUCUGUAUAUACACAUUUUUUUGUAUGUUAUAUGAAUUGAAAGAUUCUACUCAUGAAUUGGUACUCGGUUAAAGGAUUCAUUAUUAU